AUGGCAGACAUGACGGUACGAAACACUGCGAACCUAAUCGCCAAUAUCAAUAAUGGUAUCAUGGUAGGCCAGAACUUCGGAAAUAUCAACCAUGAGUCCGGAUGCCAUACCGAUGAGCAGCGAUUCGACAAGUGUACCAAAGCGCUCUGGGUGACAGACCCUGACGUCGACCGCGAAUAUGUUGUGAACACUAAGGGUAGCCCCGUUUCUGACACAUGCGACUGGAUCUGGCAAGACUGCACUUUCUCGGAUUGGUUGGAUGGGUCAUCAUCCAAGACCCUCUGGAUUGCAGGUGGGCCUGGAAAAGGCAAAACAACGAUUUCGGUUCAUAUCACGGCCUUGCUAGAGAAACGAUGCAAUGUUCGCAAUGAAGUCUUCGCUUACUUCUUCUGCGACCAUCGGGAUGCGAAUCGCAAUUCGGCAUGUGCAAUACUUCGUACCUUGAUACAUCAAAUUAUCGACCAAAAACGAGGUCUACACAGCAAGGUCUACCCCUACGUUCGGGAGGAUCGAAGAGCUGAGGCUACGAUGCAGUCGCGCGAUGCCCUUUGGAGAAUCGUUACCGAGCUACUGCACGAGCAGGAGCUUGAAGGUCUGGUGUAUCUGAUCGACGGGCUUGAUGAGUGCGACGAUGGAACAGCUCGUUGGUUGGCACAGAAGUUGUCCAACCUUCAUACCAACAGCUCCGGCAAAGAUGUGGGGAUUCUCGUUGCGAGUCGGAACAUCGCAAGCAUGAAAUUUUCGUCCAAAAUCGACCUAGAUACCAUACAAGACCCGGGCUACAACGAGAGCAUCACCAGAUUCAUCGAUGCGCGAGUCGCUGAUAUGGCAGAUCAGGUGCCGGGUUGCACACUAGCGCUCCAGAAUCAAGUCAAAGAAAGCCUGCGGUCACGCUCCGGCAACUCGUUCCUUUGGAUUGGUUGCGUAAUGGGCGAACUUUCGGUCAAGGAGACGCCUACGGAGAUCGAGAGUUCGCUAGCCGAGUUUCCUACCGGACUUUGCCCGCUCUACAACCGACUUCUUCACCAAGUACACUCAAAACCGCAGUAUCGCUCAGAUUGUAUCAAGCUGCUGCAUUGGGUAGCACAAGCGAUGAGACCGAUGAGCUUGGCUGAGCUAGCAGCGGUGCUGGACAUCGAUGGGUCCGAUACCAUAUCAGUAGAGCAAAGACUCAGUGAUCGUAUCACAUGGUUCGAAUACUGGUUCCGUGAUGAUGAACAUACAAAUGCACUCCUCCCUCUAUUAUCAUACGCCACGCUUCACUGGCCAUACCAUGCAAGGCUCCUUGGAGAAGACUUGGCUAUGAAUCUCUUAAACAGCAGAGGCGACACUUUCUUCAAAUCAGGCGGUAUGGCAUAUACCGGCUGGUGGUGGUCGUUCCAAAUGAGAAUUACUCCCUUAUUGAAACAGGAAAUGCCUGCUAAGUUCGCUGGUGCAAAGGGUUUCUGGCACAAGAAGCAGCAAACUAUCCCUCCAAUGCAUCUUUCGGCAGCUCUAGGCGUGCUGCCGUGGAUGGAGUCCUUUUCUACCGUUCCAGGUAUACCGCGUUCCGAUAUCGUGAACCGCGUAGAUCUACGAGAGGAAUCACCGCUAAAUUACGCUACCGAGGGUGGUCAUCAAGACGCGAUCACUUGGCUGUGUGAUCGGGAAGUAACCAUGGACGAUAGAUCAGUCUUUUCCGCUGCCGCUGAGGGCCAUGCCAGCGUCCUCAAGUAUUUUCUUGAUCAUGGAGGUAACCCAAAUGUCAGAGCACGCAAUUUCCGGACUGGAAAAAGCGAAGAUGAAACAGCACUCUGGGAUACGUGUGGUCAAGGUCUUGAAGACGUUGUGCAUGUGCUACUAAAUGCCGGAGCUGACACAAAUGCACUCAGUCCACCAUCAGACUUGUAUGAGUUUUGGGGAGUUCCUACGCCUGCCUUCGUUACAGCCUGCUUUGGAGGCAGCAUGCAGCUUGUAGAGAUCCUGUUAACCCGAACCAAAGACCUGCAUCUUUACCUGGACUACGGCUUGGAGGCAGCGAUUAUGCGUGGCCAUGAAGAUGUGAUUCGAUUUCUCCUACCAAGAAUCAGCACGCUCGGUCAUCAAAGCGAGCGAGAAAAGAAGCUCCUGUAUUCUGCCCUGCGCUUUCAAGCAUCUUCAUCUAUCGUCGAGCCCUUAUUAGAUUUUUUCCGUUCGAGCGCAGACUUGGUAGUUCGCUUCGGCAACGAUGGACUACCCUGGAGAAUGAUUGAAUUUCCAUUCCUUGGACUCCUACGCGAGGAGAUACUCUGUGAAACAGAGAAGUAUCACAUCCCCAAGAACCUCAAUAGUCACGAGACUCUGCAGAUGUUGCUGAAGAGAGGUGCCACACCGACGACUAGAAUGCUGCGCAUUGUUACAGAGAAAGACGACGUAAGCCUUCUCGAGCUUUUCCUGAAACGAGAUGUUGACAUGAGCAUGUCUCUCCAUGUUGCGGCCAAACACGGUUCCUUUCAGGCUGCGAAGUUGCUUAUCGCAAAAGGAGUAGCGAUCAAUGGUACUAAUGGACAAAAGAAGACACCACUCAUCAUCGCGGCUGAGAAUGGCUUUGCAAAGAUUGUGGAGCUGCUCCUCCAGAACGGAGCCAGUCCCAAGACCAAGGAUAAGGGGGACAAGAACGCCCGCAUGAGAGCUGAAGCAGGAGGCCAUGCGGAUGUGGUUCAGGUCAUCGAUGACUGGGCUCUCAAGGUGAAGAAGUAA